AUGGCAGACAGAGGAGCAGGAGGAGAACGGGGAGGCGAACGAGGAGCCUUCCGCCGUGGAUUCGGCGGCCCACGUGGAGAACGCGGAGGACGAGGCGGUCGCCGCCGUGCUCGCCGUGACGAAGAGGACAAAUGGAUCCCGGUUACCAAGCUGGGCCGUCUUGUUCGCGACGGAAAAAUCCGAUCUCUCGAACAAAUUUACCUUCACUCACUCCCAAUCAAAGAAUAUCAAAUUAUUGACACUCUUGUUGGACCGGGCUUGAAGGAUGAGGUCAUGAAGAUCACUCCCGUUCAGAAACAAACACGUGCCGGUCAAAGGACCAGGUUUAAGGCCUUUGUGGUUGUUGGCGAUGGGAAUGGACAUGUCGGUUUGGGAGUUAAGUGUUCGAAGGAAGUUGCCACUGCUAUUCGUGGUGCAAUUAUAUUGGCCAAAUUGUCGAUUAUUCCUGUGAGGAGAGGGUAUUGGGGUAACAAGAUUGGGCAGCCACAUACUGUGCCUUGUAAGGUUACUGGGAAGUGUGGGUCUGUAACUGUAAGGAUGGUGCCUGCUCCUCGUGGUGCGGGGAUUGUUGCGGCGAGAGUGCCAAAGAAGGUGCUUCAGUUUGCCGGGAUUGAGGAUGUUUUUACUUCAUCUAGAGGGUCUACUAAGACUCUCGGCAACUUUGUCAAGGCCACUUUUGACUGCCUUUUGAAAACCUAUGGUUUCUUGACGCCCGAUUUCUGGACGGAGACUCGCUUUACCAAAUCUCCUUUCCAAGAGUACACUGAUCUACUAGGAAAGCCAACAAAAGUCCUCGUCCUUGAAGAUGUGGAGAGAGUGGAGGCCUGA